AUGAGUCAUAGAGUACAACUUCUUUUGGGAGCAUACCAUAUGACAUUUCCUUUGAAAAGUGUUGACAAAACGAUUGAGAUGAAAUCUGUUCCAUACGUAUGUUAUGGUAAUUGUUUGUACAUUGAGUCAAAAAUAGCUAAUGUCACAGGUAUUUCAGGAGUUAAUAGUAAAGGUUCAGUAGAAUAUAAAUCCUUCUGUUAUGCAGUCAAUUCAAUGUUCAUUCCAAACGUUCCUGUCAUAGCAACUCAUUUAGGUAAAUGGGUUCGCAUUAGUCCUCAUAAUUUGAAAGACAUGCAAUUCAGACUUGUUGACUUUCAAGGAGAGCCUGUAGAACUGAAGGCACCAGUGCGAAUGACUGUUGAAGUUGACUUUUUAGAAAAUAUUAAAUGCAACAGCUUACAAGAGAACUCAGAGCUAAAAAUAUAA